CGCUAUUUAAACUAAAAACGUCUUCGCAAACCGUCCAUUAGCCGCUUAAAUUUGUAUGAACCAUUGAAAUAUUCAUUUAAUCGUGAAACGAAAAAAAACCCUGACAAAUGGACAACAUGGAGGAAACAGAAAUCGUUCAAGACAAAACCACAAACGUCAUAAGCAACGUUACGCCCUAUCCGGAAACCACCAAAGGGUUGGGAUAUGAAUUUUUCAUGGCCAUGACACGGAACAAGGACAGGGUUGCACAGUACAUAGCAGAAACUGGCUACGAGGACUCCUACGAAUCCUUCCUCCAAAGAGCGACCAGGACCGCGUUGCACCUCAAAGAACGAAAUUUCACCCCCGAAGACGUCGUCUGCCUCAGCUCCUACAACCAGGUCCACUGUGCGGUCCCGUUUAUCGCCUGCUUAUUCUUGGGAGUCCCGGUGUCCUCCCUGGACCCCUCGUUCACCGAACCGGACGCCCUCCAUGCCAUAAAUCUGGUGAAACCAAAAAUAUUUUUCAUCGUACCGGAAAUCCUGGACACUAUCCAGAAGUCUAUUAAAACUCUUGGUCUCGAGGCGGAAAUUGUUGUUUAUGGGGACCACGAGGACCCCACGGGGGCAGUAAAGAGUUUCAAUGAUUUCUUGGAACCCCAUCCAGAGGAGGACGCGUUUGCUCCGGUGGAAAUUGACGACGUGAAUCGGACCGCCGUAAUUUUCUUUAGUAGCGGCACCACUGGUCUCCCCAAGGGUAUUUGCAGCAGCCACAAGGCCAUAUUUCAUCAAGGGUGUCUAAUGCACUUUCUGGGUCACCUAAUUAAAAACUCGGUCAUAUGCCUCUACUCCACCCUCUACUGGAUAUCAGCGGUGCUUUACCUGACUAGUUCCAUUCUCCACGGAAGCGCCAGGGUGCUAAGCAGAACCUUCGAUCCAGAGGCCCUAUGGUUAAACAUUGACAAAUACAAGGUGACAAACUUGUUUCUAGCCCCGAUCCAGGCCUACGGGAUGAUUGACGCAGGAAGACCCGAAAACACCCUCACCUCGAGCCUUCACCUCACCCUCACAGGUGGCAUGCAGUUCUCUCUGGAGAAGCUUUACUCGCUAAGGGACCUCCUGCCGGGCACCUUCGUGUUCCAGAUCUACGGCUGCACCGAAAUAUCCGGCAUCGGGAUGAGUUUCAACCUGAACAGGAGCAAAGACCGGCUGUUGUUGAACUACAGACCGAAGUCGGUGGGGAGACCGGUGCCAGGGCUUCGGUACAAAGUAGUGGACCUGGAAAGUGGGGCGAACGUGGGCCCCAAUGAGCACGGGGAGCUCCGGAUCGAUCCAGAGUUCACCACCAGGGGGUACUACAGGCAGGAUUCUAGUUCGGCUUUCGAUUCAGACGGUUGGAUGAGGACUGGCGAUAUCGUUUAUUAUGACGAGGAUUAUUGUUUUUAUAUCGUGGACAGGAUCAAGGAGAUGUUGAAGUAUCGGUCCUGGCACGUACCUCCCGCCCUUUUGGAAGGAGUAUUGCAGAACCAUCCGGGGGUGAGUCAGUGCGUGGUGAUAGGGAUUCCCGACGAGCUUGAUGGCGAUCUACCAUGCGCCAUUAUUGUCCUCAAUGAGGACUAUCGAGGGAAAGUAACUGAGGAGGAGAUUGAGGAGUUCGUUGCUAAGAGGGUGAACGAUACUCACAAGUUGAGAGGAGGGGUAAAGUUUAUUGAGGCACUACCACUCACGCCCUCUGGGAAGGUUAAGAAGAAGAAGAUCAGGGAUAUGGUGCUUAAUGGGGAAAUUUAGGCGGGUGUAGGAUAUUUUUUGUGUAGUGUAGGCUUUGGUGAAUAAAUUUGGUCUUUAGCGUGUUUCA